AUCAGCCCUGUACUGCCCUCUGAAAGGAAAGCUGCCGUCAACACACCAGCGAAUCCCUUCACUUAGUUCCCAAUGUACUUGUUACCGUAACCUCUGACGUCCUGUUUGGGUGCGACACAAACAACAGUGCAGUUUUAACAACCUGUUAGUCCCGAUACCAAAAGUGGGAGUGGGGUUUACUGCCCCUGAAGAUGUUGAAUUCGGGCAAGCUAACUUUAAAACUUCAAACAACUCAACGUGGACUCCCUCCCAGCAAAGAACAUUCUGGGAAGACUAGUCAAAGUAACUGAAUCCGCACAGACUGGGAUUAACACAUUACAUUUUUUUGAUAAGGAAAGUUGUUUUUACUCUCCGAUCAGAAUCCCUUGUCAGUUUCCACCCUCUGCGGUUGUCUCAGCACUCCUCCCUCCUUAUUUUGCCUUUCAAAGUGCUGGCACCGGAUGGAAGAGGAAGAGGAGUUUAGUCGGCUGCAGCAGCUUUUCCACGCGUGUGACUCCAACGGUUCUGGUUUCAUUGAAAAGGAGGAAUUUGUUAAACUUUGCGCCGACUUACAGCUGCGCAGCCCUGCUGAGGUGGACGCUCUCUUUCUUCGCCUAGACUUGGACAGAGACGGUGCCAUCAAUUUCCACGAGUUCGCGCGUGGGUUUCUAGGGGUGUCAUCUAUGCUGGCUGGUGAAUUCGACUUACCUGAUGGGGGGCAGGCGAUUGAUGGUGGGGGGCAAGCAUGGGAUGACUUUAUUAAUUAUUCGUUGAACAAGGAUGAGGCCCGCCACAUUCCCAGACCAGAGCAUGUCAGCACUUUGUAUCAGAACAUCCUCACAGUUGAACCAAGGCUGCUGUAUCAGUAUGAACGUGUUAUUAAGAACUUUGUUCGAGAAAUUAAACUACAGAACCUACAAAUGGAGAAUCUUGCACUUGCAGUAAAACGAGCACAAGACAAAGCAGCCAUACAGCUGAGUGAACUGGAAGAUGAGAUGGAACAGCGAAUACAGAUGGCAGAGAAUACCGUAAGAAAAGAGGAAAAGAGGAAAGCUGAAGAAGCACUCACUGAUCUGAAACGGCAGUAUGAAGCUGAAGUUUGUGAACUUCAAGUCACAAUCAAGAAACUAAAAACACUUGAAGAACAAUACAAAACUAUAAGCCCAAAGGAAGAUGUGGUUGAACUGAAAAGAAAAAUACACAUAUUGACUCAGGAAAAUCAGAACCUUAAGAAAGACCUUCUUGAGUCGCAGUCCAAUAUAGGUGUCCUUCAAAGUGAGCUGGAUGCUUUGAAAAGUGAAUAUGCUAACAGAUGUUUCAUCUUUGAAAGGGAACAGGAUAUAAUUCGAGGUUAUACGGAUGAAACAGAAAGCCUGGCAAGACAGGUUGAGAUGCUUCAGUCAGCGAAUAGAAAGCUCCAUGACAGCAAUGAUGGACUGAGAACUACUUUAGAGAAUAGUUUCAGUAAACAUAAUCGAUCACUAUGUGUGCAAAAUACUUCCCCGGCGAGUACACUUUCUCGGAGUAGUCCAAAACUUGGUGGCCACCAUUCUCCCCAGGCUGCUUUUUUUGACAGGUCCCCUCAUUUUCCCAUCAUUGAUGAUGACUAUGAGUCUUUAGCCCUGUGUGAUCCCAUAAUGUGCCGAAUCAGCUGUGAGGUUGAAAGCUUGAAUGAAAGCUGUUUUGACAGUGGUCUGUCUACAUUGAGAGACUCCAAUGACUGUGACUCAGAUACAGAAUACAGACAUCCCAGGAACUACAAAAUACCACACAGUAUGCAGGAUAACUAUGGAGGAGAUGCCUCUGAUACAGAUGUGUCUGAAAUCCGAGAUGAUGAGACUUAUAUCCCGGAGAGCAGCAGUGCACUUUCUGAAUGGAGCUCUUCACAGACAGUGGUUCAUAGCAAUUCUGGGGCCUCAGCACGGAAGUGUAUUUCUGCAAUUUCACCACAGGCUGACAAAACUGAUAACGACUUCAAGUACCCCAGCUCAGGAAAAUCGUACAAGAUUGUUCUUGCUGGUGAUGCUGCUGUGGGGAAAUCAAGUUUCAUGUUGAGACUUUGCAAGAAUGAAUUUCGUGGAAACACAAGUGCCACUUUAGGAGUUGAUUUUCAAAUGAAAACCCUAGUUGUUGAUGGAGAGCCUACAGUCCUUCAGCUAUGGGACACAGCAGGGCAAGAAAGGUUUCGAAGUAUCGCCAAGUCAUAUUUCCGAAGAGCGGAUGGAGUAUUGUUGCUAUAUGAUGUGACGUGUGAGAGAAGUUUUGUCAACAUUCGUGAAUGGGUGGAUACAAUUGAGGACGUGAGUGAAACAAGUAUUCCAAUUAUGCUGGUUGGGAAUAAAGCAGACAUGCGCCUAAAAUCUUCAGAAACACAGAAGUGUGUUCCGACAAGUUAUGGAGAAAAACUGGCAAUGACCUAUAAUGCCUUGUUCUGUGAAACAAGUGCCAAAGAAGGAUCAAAUGUAGUAGAGGCUGUUCUUCAUCUUGCUAGGGAAGUGAGAAAAAGAUCCAGCUUUGAUGAUCGCAGGGAUAGAGACUCCGUAAAAAAAUUGUCUGGCGUGAAUGCUAACAAGAAGCAAGCACAAAUGAAUACAUGUUGCAAUACCUGAGAAGAACUGGGACUGGAAUUUUGUUGCUGUUGUAUAUAAAAUUGCUGUUCUUACACUGCCAAAAAUUGCUCCGGUGAAUGAAGGUUUUCUUGCAAACAUACUUUUAUGUAUGAUCCUUAAAGUUGAAGAUUAUAUGGAAUUUUGCCAAUGUGAAAAUGCAGACAUUUAUUUUAAAACACCUUUGCUUUUUUGUAAACCUGAUAUUUAAAAAAAAUGAGCACAUAAUGUGAUCUGUAUUCGCUUUAAUAUAGUUGCCUUUUGUGGUUAAAUAGUGUCGUUCAGUUAUCGAGACUGUUGUGCCUAUAGUUGCAGAAUAUAUGAAGCAAGGUACCUGCUUUCAGCAGGUAUCACUCCCAAACAUUUAAUUCUGGUGUUGUACUGGGUAAUAAAAAUGAUAGAACUGAGCAGUAGAAAGCUCAUUGGUGAGGGGAAUAGGCAGGCCUCUUAAACCAAAUGCUCUUUAGAUUUGAAAUUUGUCUUUCAAAUCCAUUACAGUGUUGCAUUUUGCUGUCAUGUCAAAGCACCCUACUUUAUUAAAAAGUUGCAAGAUGUGCAUUGACAUAUCAAACUGAAAAGAAUCUCAAGAUAUAUUUUGUAGGGAACUGUAUUUUACACUUUUGAAGCACUUUAUGAACCGUGCCACAAUGUUUUGUGUAAUGUUGGAAAAGUAAGCUAUUGGUAGAGUUCAGAAAUGUAUAAUAAGAAUUUAAACAGUGCAUCACCAAUAUGUGUGUGCUGCAGAUAGAACACAGGAUCACCAAAAUAAUCCUUCUGUUCUAAUUCUUAACAUCCAGAAGCACUAAGCUUAGUUGCCACGUUAAGAGUAAAUGAGUACAAUCAUAGUAAUGCAACAGUUUACAGCAUAAAACCAGUUGUGUUGUCUAUUUGUACAUCUUGCUUGUGUUUCACCAAGUAAUUUUGAAGGAAAAUAUUCAUUUCUUGCAGAAUUUAUUGCUAACCUGUGAAAUAUUAUCAGCAUUUUUAUAUUUAUUUUGUAAAAAAAAAGCCUUUACAUAUUUCAGACUCAUUUUGUCUUUUUAAUGAAUGCUGUAAAUAAGAUUAUUUUUGCCAUUUAUAUAGAAGUAUUAUUUUAUUCCAUGAUGUGUUCAUUUAUUGUAUUAUAUUAUGCAAAUCUUUUAAGAAUUCAUAAAGUCAUAGUUAAAUAUAUUGAUUACAUGUAGCCGUACAGUUUUCUGUACUAACUGCAAUGAUAUUUCUGCUACUCAUUAUAUAUAUAUAUAUAU